GUAUCUGUCAAAACCUUAAACCCACGACUCAUGUCCAAAGCAACUGAUGUUGAUAUCUCAAUAAUGCAAGAGGCAAGAGUUCAAUGUUACUAACCUGCCGAUUUCCAAUUAAAGCUGUCACGCAGGUCCCCGUGUCCAAGCAUGCAUGCUAAACUUUAUAUAACCCAACCAAAAUGAAAAGACUGUUGAAAGUAAGGAACUUGAAAGGUGAUUGGCAGGGUUUUCAAUUCGGUCGCCUUAUAGCACCGUUUACAUCAGCAUCGCACUUGACUUGCCUGUAUAGAGCAGUAUGCGUUGGACUUUCGAAUGUAACUACCACGCGGGAAAAAUUAAUAUUGACGUUUCGAAAUUCCGGAAAACAUGCGAUGUUUUUCAAAAUUAUAAUACGAAAAUAAUGUUGAAAAAUUCAAUGGAUUCUUGUGUGUUAAUGUUCACGUGGAAAGAAUGAUUUGAAUUAUGCCGUUUUUUUUAUGUUUUAUAUGAAUUUUGGAUUUAAAGAAUCUAUAAGUUACGGGUAGUGAAUGUUUAGUGAUUUUAUGUGUAAGUGCAUUUUAUAAAAAUGAAGCAUUCACAUUUUUUUGGUGGAUUUUUGUUGGUAUUGGCUGUUUUAACAGAUAUCGUGCAGCCACUGUGUGUCCUUGAAUCAGAUUUCGGUUUCAAAAUCAACUGUGCCUUCAAAAAGUCUGGACUAUUCAGGGUACGGAAUCUCGGAGGCGUCAAAGCGCAUGCUAGUAUAGGUUUUAGUCUGGGAGACGAGCUGGGUUUCGAGCAGUCACUCACUAACCAGGACCCCAGCAGGCGGAGGUCCGUCAGCUUCAAGAAUGGAGCGCCCAAUGUUCUAGUCGACACCCCAAGCAGGCCGGCAGGGAAGCAGGAAAAACGCGCAAAGCAGAACAGAAUAAUGAUGAGGCCAAUGCCGAUGGCAUCUGGGGGCAAACCCAACCAGGCUGCGAUGGACAAGCUCUCCACUCUACACCGACGAGUUUCCUCCACGACGCAGCCUCUCGUACCCGGGCCCACUGUGGAGUCCCCCUACAAGUCACAACCCGUCGUUACCAUGGCGAAACCUAUGCCGAUGGGUGUACCACCUUUCAAACCUUUGCCUCCAAAGGAAGACACGCUGAAAGUUGUACCUCUUGCUUCAUCGAAAAAAGGCUCAAACUAUUCACCUCUUCAAGUUCCACUGUCGAAAGGCCCGGCGUUGGCUUAUCAAAGUGAGAAAUUUUACUUAACACCCGAUAACAUAUCCAAAAUGGUCUCUCGCUUGACAGCGUCUCAAUAUCAACCAGUCAGAGUAACACCAACACAGACAUAUACAAAAAUACCAUCGAGAACAACCGUGAACCCAUUUCUUCCCAUGCCACCAUCAUCACAAGCUAUAUCUAUCAUACCUGCACCAAUUCUUAAACAAGCACUUCCAUCACAUACCUAUAAUUCAUAUAACACCUAUAACACUGUUUCUGUUCCGAAAACCAAUCCUCUUUCUAACUUUAUAGACCCCGUUCCUCAUCAAGUCCACGAUCUGGCGAACAACUACCCAGCCUACAACACAAAGAAGGUUGACGACUACAACAGUAUAAGCGGUUACAGCGACGAUGUAACUUUGAAGUUCACUAAAGAAGAUGUCAAUGCUAAGAUAGCUGAGAUUGCGAAAGCCGGGAACAUUUCUAUGGAAGCGGUGGAAGCGGCUAUAGCGUUACGACAGCAGCAGUUGCUGAGCAAGUACGCGAACAUACCGAUGCCGACGACUACAACCACGACUACGACUACCACGGAACAGCCUCUUGAAGUGUUUGAGCUUCAGCCUGAACCUGAGAUCAUAGUAGCACCAAUACCACAAAAACCAAAGAGAAACCCAACAUCAGGCAAGGUGAUGAACGCACCACGAGAGUACUACCCAGUUGGAUACGAGAAGAACUUUGAUGAUCAUUUCCAGUCCAAAGUCGACCUGCCUGACACCACCUUCCAUUGCGGCGAUCAGAAAUACUUCCCUGGACUCUAUGGAGAUGAGAAUCUUGGAUGUAUGGUGUUCCACGUAUGCGCCCUCACAGACGAUGGUCUGGUGAUGAAGUCCUUCCUCUGCCCCGAGUCCACACUCUUCGACCAGACCAUCCUCAAGUGCAACUGGUGGUUCUACGUUGACUGCAAGAACACUGUUAAACUCUACGACACCAACAUCCCCGUCUCCAAGAGCUACCAGCUCAUGAAAGCUCUGACCUUCUUCUCUUCUUACAAGAAGGAGAUGGAGGAAGGCCAAUCUCCGAACCCAGAGGAUAUGGAAGGCGUAAAAGAAGCUAUAACCAUACUAGAGAAUCAAGACUCUAAACCUGUUGCCAGUGAUGAUGUUCAAAUUGUGACUCCCCUACCCAUUAUUGACGAAAGACAUAGCAACAAAAAGGAUUAUUCUAAUGUUACGUCACCCAUUUAUAGAGGUAACAGAGAAUUCACUAAUUCGACUGAAAGAAGAAAUGUUAGAAGACCUGCCCGAAUUCAAGAAGCAGGAGAUAUUCAACUUGUUACAGUGAAUGCAGAUUUAAACUUUAAUACAACCAAAGAUACCUCCAAUAAAACAGCUACAACGACAUCUACAGGAAACUCGAGCGAUCGUAAACGAAGAAGAACACUUUCUCGAAAUAAAAACUUCAUUCACAGAUCAACUACGACUACCACUACGACUACUACAAUGAGUACUACUACACAGAAACCUGAAGAAGUAACGACAGCGCUUAAAGAACUAUUAAAACAAGAAAUACAGCCAAUGGAUAAUAUAACUACACCAGAAAUUAAACAAGAAAAACUAACCGACCAAAUUGAACAUUUGGAACAAAUAGAUCCUAAUAUACUUAAAGAAGCUGAAGUUACUGCUCCAGUCCGUAGAUUUUAUAGAUCUAGUGCAGAAUUAAAUAACGCAGAAGAAAAAGAGAUAACAGUGGUUAAUAAUGAAAAAGUACAGAUAGUAAGACCAACGCCAAUAUCCCAACUAGUUGGAGAGUAUCCAACUCCAAUAGCUGCUGCAGCUAAUUUAGAUGAAGCAGUUUUAGGUAAAUAUAGUCCAAGGUUCAAAAAAGAAGUCAUCGCGAUUGUGACACCCGAGAAACAUGAAACAUUGUUAAAUCCUUCAAGAAGUCGAACAUAGCCCAAAUAAAUCCUUAGUCAAUAACUUAAUUUUUAGUGUCAUAUAGACCUUGUUAACUUAUUUAUUUCUCAGAUACGUAAGCGUUGGCGAAUGUACUGUGGAUUACGUAUUUGCUCAAUUUUUACGUUAGUCUAAUCGAAGUGAUAUUACGGUGUAUGUUUUAAUAGUUGUUUAAAAUAAAAAAAUGUUUCCUGA